UUUUCUCAUUGAAACAUCACAGAAUAUAAAUUCCUUGUUUACAGUAUAUGCUUUACAAAAAUCCAGAACACACUCAUACAAUUUCAAACUAAAUUCUAAUAUUUCUGAAUAUUUUUUUAAUUGACUUAAAAUCAACAAAUUUCAAGUGAAUAAUUCUUCGUUUACUUUAUUUUUGACUAUUGCAAACAUGUUGAUAACAAUUUGUUGACGUUUUGAUUGUAGAUAAGACUAACGUAAACACUAAACAUGUUUUGAACUCGGUUUUCUUUGAAUUUGAUUAUUUGUAUAGACUAUAUUGUAAUUGAUUUCAGAUUUAUCAUUAUAUAAUUAUUUAUUAUACUAAUACUAUUAUUUGCAUUAAGAUAGACAAUUUGAUUAAUUUAUAAAUCUAAGGUAUGUUUAACAUACUAUAAAUUUUCUUAUUUAACUUAAAUUCAAAACUAUUAACUUAUGAAUUUAGAAGUGUUCAACAGAGUUAACUGGAAGGAGGGCACUGGAGGACGUUCCGGUAUGUAUUGCGAAUGGGCAUCCUUAAGUUUAGCAGUACAAAACUGUGGUGAAACCGGACAAAGCGUUCUGAAUAAAUUUCCAGCUUCUUCUGGUAAAGAAGUAGUUACUUCUGUCAUUAAACAGUUGACAUCAAAUUUGGGUAUAACACAUCCACCGGAACCCAGCAAACUUGUCAAGGACACUGAAGUUACCUGGUGCAUGGAAGUAAUCUGUUACGGAUUAAGUUUGCCACUUUCAGAACAUGACACAAUUAGAGAUUGUGUGCAUAUUUAUUGUGACUGGCUGUCAGCGUUAUAUGAAACACCUAAAGUUUCAGUUCCUAAACCUGUAUGCAACGACCCUAACUUAUAUGCUAGAAAGAUAAUAUCGCAUUUCUAUAACUUAUUUGUGCCUCGUAAGGGAGAAGUCUGGACAUUUUUAUAUUUGAAUAUUGGCCCUGAUACGAUCAAUCGUCAAGCUGUUUUAUGUCAUCGCGUUUUAAGAACUCUUCAUGAUUUAUCUCGAAAUUCUAAAGUCAUCGAAACAGAAACAUGGGAAGCUUUAUUAUUAUUCCUUCUUGCUAUAAAUGACGCUUUAUUAGCUCCGCCAACAGUUAAAGAAGAUGUAGGAGAAGAACUGUGCGAACGUGUGCUAAGUGUUUUAAUAGAAGUAUGGCUCGUUGCUUGUGUACGUUGUUUUCCUUCACCUUCACUAUGGAAAACUUUACGAGAAAUGGCUGUUACAUGGCGUCACCGUACAGCUCUAAUUCAUCAAUGGAACCGAAUAAAUUUAGCACUUACUUCACGUUUACUUACUUUCAUGUAUGGUCCUGACUUUCCUCAACUUAAAAUACCUAUCGAAGAUAGUCAACUCAUACCUCCAGGAAUGUCCAAUGAUACUAUCGCUCAAAGUUGGUUUAGGUUAUUACAAACGAUUGGUAAUCCAGCUGAUCUAAGUCGACCAUCUACAAUUAGUCGAACUCCAAAGUUUUUACAAGCUGCACUUUCUGAUCCCCAACAUAGGCUUGUCGAUCCAUCCAAUCACCCAUGCUUAAAUGUUUUGCCUUAUAAUUUUUAUAUAGCUGUCCGUGGAAUCGCAUCACUUGUGGACGCGUUUUUAGGUAUUCCUUCUCAUCCCACUAUUAUUUGGGACGAUAUAUUACCUUGGAGUUCGGGAAGCACAUUUGAAAAAAAAGAAGGAAAUGUAGUAACACAAACACCGCCCUCUCAGCGACGAUUGGCAAAAAGUUUUAGCGUUGCACCAUCGCUUACCAAUAAGGGUAUGCCAAAAUCAUCAUUAGUUGGUCUAACCACUAGUCGCAUUAGUGCUCAGCCAAAUAAACACUCUGCUUCAACUUCAUCAAUAUCAUCGACAAUAAUAGAACCUAAAGUAUUUACAGAAAAUCGACCUCGUUGUAAUAGUAUCCUCCACCUUUUUGGAGAAUGGUUGUUUGAAGCAGCGUUAAUUGGAGUGGAUUUCAAUAAAGCAAAAUCUUCAGCUACUCCUGAUAGUAGCAGUAGGAUGUCUAAAAGACCCAGUUCAGUAAUGUUUGACACUACAAGCAUAAAAAGCAGUGGUUCUGGCGGUGGUUAUAGCAGUAUGGGAGGCGGCAGCACCGCUUCAGCAUCACAGCCAAAUUCGCUAACAGACAAUGUUUCGGAUAGUAUAGAUUCGAUAACGUCUAGUUCGAUCAAUGUUGCUCAUUAUGAUCGCUUUAUGCCUGGACGUGCAGAAGCUAUAGGUACACUAUGUAGAAUAUUUUGUUCAAAAAAAACAUCAGAAGAAAUACUUCCAGUUUAUUUAGCCAGAUUUUAUAUGGCAGUCUACGAAGGACUACAUGUUAAUGAAAUGCAUGAAUGUGACGAAACAAUAACUAGCAUACUGUUAAAUUCUGCUGAUCUUCUACGAUUGGAUUUAAAUGGAAUUAAUGUAUUAGUACCCUACAUUAUUGAAACCUUGGAAUUAGUAUUACCCGAAAGAGAUUUAAAAUUCAAGUCAAACACUAUACCUAAAAAUGAAUUAAGGCGAUCUGCAAUACACUUGUUGCUCUCUAUGCUUGCAUUCCCAUUGCAUUUCAAAGAUUUGACAAUAAAAGAAUUCAAUUCCUCGAGUAAUAUGUCGCGAGGAUCUAUUAUUAUGGGUGAACUAAAACCUCGUGUGAUGAAUCUUCUUAUUAAUGCUUUACAAUUUGAAUCUGAUUCCCAUAAUUCCCAAAUGCUAUUAGGAGGAUUAUUGUUGUGCGUACAAGAUUCUGCAUUUUAUGAAGAAUCUGAAAAUGACACAGAAUCUGACGUAACUGCACAAAGUGAUACGACGUCAAACUUAUUGUCAUCAGUGGAUACAAUGAGUUCAUUUAGCUUACCGUCCAGUAAUCAAGAUCAAAUGGUGAGUUUACCGCAAGCAAAUGCAAGUAAUACUCAAACUCCUGAAUCCAGUUUAGAACCAGCUGGCUUUUAUUUUUCUGACGCCUUUGACUUCUCAAUGUUAAACAAAAACUCUGCUCAUGCAUUAUACGUAAGAGCUACGUAUUUAGUAUGUCACCGAUUAAUAUCUUCAUGGAAAUCUGAUCUGAAUAUAUCUCUAGCUGCUUUGGAAUUACUUAUGGGCCUAGCUAGAGUGCACAUCAAAGAAACAGCAAAAAGACGAACUGACUCUUUAGAAUGUAAACGAGCUGUAAAAUGGUUAUGUGAUUAUAUAACCUAUCAAUGUUCGCGACCACCUCCCGCUCAUUCUCGUGACUUGCAUUCCACUAUUGUUGCUGCUUACCAAUGUGCUGCUGUAUGGCUUGUGGCUCACCCUUACUUAUUAGACGAUAAAGACUGUUUAAACACAAUUAUUGAAGUGGUUGAACUUGGCAUAUCUGGUACUAAGUCACAUGGGAAACCACAAGAAACAAUAAAAAUGAAAGACGAAAAAGAACUUAAGCCAGCAUCAAUGAGAGUACGAGAUGCUGCUGAGUCUUUACUGACUAUUAUUUUGGAGCAAAUUGGAUAUUUCCCAUCUAUAUGUGGUGCCGAAAGUCUAUCAUGUUUAUUAGAUGAAAUUACUUUAAUAAAGCAUUGCAAUUCAAUUGCAAUAGAUAACGUUGAAUGCAAAUCGCAUGCUGUAUCGAAGUUUCGAUAUUUUGUACUUGAAAAUUCAAUAAUUCUAGCACUUUUUGAAGAACCUUUAGGCAAUGAUCAAGAUGCUCAACCAACAUUGACGAUUCUAAUCAGAGGUUCAUUUGGACGACAAGCAUGGACUCUUCAGCUGAGGCAUUUGCCUAGACACCGAUCUUCAUCUACAAAGCAGUAUAAUUCCUGCCCAGGUAGACCCGUCCCAAUGGAAGAACCUGGCCGUCACAAAAAUAAUCGAAAAUUUACUAGACACUACUCAGAAACCAUUGACCGAGUACCUAUUUGUAAAAUAGAUAAAUCGAUUCCAAGUUUAGACAGUUUAGUGUUUGAUGACGAAGAACAUAACAUUUUGUCGAGCUUAAUAGAAAAGCAAAAAGAGAUGGAAAACACCUGCACAGAGCCUUUGCCAAAAGCAGUAGAAAUUAUGCCUCCUCAGCCGUGUACAGAUUUUAGUACUGCUAGGCUAUUUUUAUCUCAUUUUGGAUUUUUAUCUAGGUUAGACGAUACAAAUCAUUCUUCAGUUCCAUCAUUAGUGGCAUUGAAUGUACAUCACGAAAACUUUUGCAAAGACUUAGAAAUUCUAGACAAUACUCCAUCACGCACUUGUGACACAUGUCAUGUGUUUUAUGUUAAAGAUGGCCAAACAAAUUAUAGAGAUAUUCUGAUGAAUGUGACUUCCAAUACAUUAGUUUCUUCUCAUUUUUUGGAAAUGCUUACCAACCUCGGUUGGCCAACCAUUAUUAGCGAACAUCCUGGAUGGACUGGCCGAUUUGAAACUAGUUGGAAUCUACCUGGAUUCAAGGAGAGUGAUGACCAAAAAUUGAACACAGCUCAUGGUGGCAGUCUUUACAGUGGCAAAAGUCACGUGAUAUAUUGGGCGGAUGUGAGUUCUGAAAUAGCUUUUGUUGUUCCGGUAAACAAAAACGAACGUGAACAAACUCAAAAAUGUGAUGCUACUAUUUUGAAAAGUGAAUCAGUUAUGCAUUCCAAACAAAUGGCUGCUAGAACCACUUCUAUUGAAAUUGAUUACAAAGGUAAACCCACUCAACCGCCAAUUGAACCCCCUAAGAGACGUCCGCAGUUUAUUUCAGCUACCGUUAUGCUCGUUUGGCUGGAAAGUUUUGAAGAUCAUUUACAUUUUCCAGUUGCGGAUCUUCUACCAUUUACAAGUACGGGUAUGGAACCUGCCACACACGUAAAAGACAUAUGUGAUGUUCACAUCAUAUUUUUGCAUGCAUUGCAAAGUGGACUACUCAGGGUAAAAAUGCAAAGUCCAGCAAGCAGAACAAAUAUUGCCACACCCUUAGUGGAUGGAAUGGUUAUUAGUAAAAAUGUGGUUGGUUCGAUGGUAAGACAAACAGCGUUGAACAUUUGUAGACGAAAGAGACUGGAAAAUGACAGCUUCCAGCCUGGUCAUAUUCGGAGACGUUUGAAAAUUCAAGAGAUUGUUGGCAAAUAUCAAAUGAAAAAGACUAAACCUGAACUCUAUACUUACUUGUUAAGUAAUGCAAACUCAGUUUAAUUUUUCUUACCAAAUAAUGACUGUGCAAUAUUUUUUUUGGACACUUAUUUAAAAAUAUAUAUAUAUUUAACACAUACAUACAAGUCUAUCCUCAUGCAUUAACCUGGAAAGUAUCAUGUGAUUUAUUUAAUUUAGUUAACAUAUGUUUUAUCUAUUUAUCCUUAUUUAUCUUUGGACUUAUAUUAUUUUUUUU